AUGUCGGAGCAUGUGCCGGCGUCGCACCGCUCGCUGCUACUGCGUCUAGUAUGCGGAGGGGGCGCGGGCCGCUGCUGUGCCGCGCCGCUGCCCGCCCACGCUGUUAGAGUGGCGUGCUGCCAUGCAACGAUGCUGGAGUGGCGUGCUACCAGCACUGAUACGAGACCGGCGCUGCCGCUGAGGCUUUAUGACGAGACAGUGCAGCACGUGCACGUGGACUCUUGGACAUCUUGCGAGCGCGCGGCGGCGGCGGCGCUGGCGGCGGCCGGCGUCACGCAGCACGCCGCUGGCUGGACACUCACUUUGGAACAUAACGGACAGCUCACAGAAUGGGCAGGAUGCGAGUACGCCCUCGACGCGGUAGGCGAGAUAGAAACUUGGACCGCUCUGCCCAGCUCCCGCGGCGAGCCACUACGGGCGACGGCCACGCGCCACACGCCGCCCGCGCCUCCGCCGCGCGCCUCCUCCGUGGACGCCGAGCGAGCCACCCGGCCGCAGGUCCCACCACCAGAACCACCGAAAUCUCGUUCGCCCAGCAUCCAGCGUCUCCUUCAAGAAUCAAUUGACGAGGGACUAUCCGAAUACAACUGGAAGAUCGAACGCGACGAGGCCGCUUUGACUAAACACAACGAAUAUUCCAGAAAGGACAGCGAAUAUUCCAGAAAGGACAGUGAAUAUUCCAGAAAGGACAGCGAAUAUUCUAGAAAAGACAACGAAUAUUCUCGAAAGGACAACGAAUAUUCUAGAAAGGUCUCCCACGAUAUACUGUCCAGGGAGUCCGCAUUGAACGAACGAUACUUCGAGCAGAAUAAUGAUAAAGUCAGGAGUCGGUCGUUGGAUAAUUUGUUAGGGGACAACCCUGUGCCGCCGCCGAAUAAGUUGGCUGACUUGGGUCUUUCGCAGUCUCGACUGAACGAUCGGUACCAUUCAGUAGAGCGGCUUGGAGGUGCUCCAAGUGUGGCCAGCAGUAAGGGAGCCAUGGAAAUGGACUAUGGCACGGGGUCGCGCGUGGUUCCUUCGCGGUACAUCAAGUCGCAAUACGCCGGGAAACGCGCGCCGGCCGGCUCGCAGUCUAGUCGCGCUUAUAUAGAGAAGAGCUCUGAAUUUGGUGGUGUAAGAUCCUCAGCCAUGUCGGACACGUCCGAAGCCCCUUCGCUCGCCUCUCAUGUGCGACGCGUCCGCGUGCCGAGUCAAGCCUCUGACGUAGAUCAGUUCCUGGAUGACCUGUUCUCACCUGUCCUGGACCCAAACAUCGACGAACUCUCCGAUGCCAGAUCCCUAGCCGCCAGCAUCAAAGGAGGAAAAAACUACACUCAAUUCAUCGACCACAUACUCUCGUGUGACUACAACGAACAAAUCGAAACGCUAAACAACGCUAAUGAUCUAGAAAUCCUGAUCAAAGGCGGCGGAAAAGACGACAAAGAAAAAGACAAGACGAGUAGAAAACAAUCGAGUGUCGACUCUGUGGACGACUACAUAACAAACUUAUUCGACCCGAUCUUUAUGAACGACAGUCUGAAAAGAUUGACAGACGGUGAAGGCUUAUCUGAAGCCAUCAAAGGAGGUGGUGCGACGCCAAGAGCGGCGUCGGCCAAUACAUCUGCACUAAGCUUUGGAGCUUUAUCGAUUCCGUCCAUGCCAACCACGCCUGAAGCGUUAGCCGCAGCAAUGGGUCUUCACUUCCCUCCAUCUGGGACAGUAGAUAUGAAUGCGUAUCACCAAAAUCUACAAAGAGCAUUUCUGCAAAGUGCCAUGGCUCAGAACCUGCAAAUUCAGCAGCAGCUGCUCGCUCAGAAUCAAGCUUUACAAACACUUCUGGCUGGGCAAGUUGUUGAACCUUCCGAAUCGGAGCCUACGUCGCCCGUUCGGUCGUCGACAGUCGUGCACGCUCAAGUUCAUUCACCCCCGAGAAAUACUCCGAAAACAAGACGAGAAUCAAAUGAGAGCUCGUCGACAGGGGCGCCUCCCCCGCCGCCGCCGCCCAUGCCCCCACCGCUGCAUGACAUAGACCCGUCUGAAGUGCGGCCUUUCAUGGACCCCUACGGCCGGGCCAAAACCGUUCGCAUAGGCAAAUGGAGGUGGCCCCCGCCGAAGGACGCAGCGGGCCAGGACCCCAACCAAGACUUCACUAAAUUCAAAUUGCGUCAGAUUCAAAGGAGACACACUCCUCAAGCUCAAACUAAUGGCAUCGAACACCCUGACCCGCCGAGAGGUCGAUCCCGUUCAGAAGCAUCGCCAGGUAUCGAAUGGGAAGAAUUUGAGGUAGAUGGACGGGGACCAGUUUCUCCCAGCAGAGAACCGCCUAAUCAGAGAACGGCCCGUAGAAGCUUUGAAAUCGGAGCACAAAGACCCUCACCUGGAAGCGUGGGCAAAUUAAAGCUGAGCUCAGAAAUGAGACAGCGGUUGGAGCGCGUCACAGCAAACCAUUCUGUGCGUAGCUCGUCAUCGGCUGCGGAGACUCCUAGAACUGUUAACAAAUUGGAAGAUACUAGGAAGUUGAUGUUGGAACGUCAGUUAGGUGGAGGAAUGAGAUGGGACGCCCCACCACCUCCGUUACCGCCUGCACCCCCAGGCCCGGCUCCACCGCCCCCUAAAUCACCCCCUACUCCACCUGACAAACCAGCCCCUCCUCCGCCAAUACCAGACAGUUCGUCCUCAUUCGCCCAGCUUCGUCGAGACCGCGAUACGUUUGGAGUUCAUCAAAACAGAGAAGCAGACGAUCGUCACAAUUUCCUUGCUAACUGGAAUUCUCGAAGAAGAGAGGAUUCUGAACCGCCACGCGAUGAUUUAGCUACGCGUUUCUUGACAUCGGACCGUCGCGAACGACGUGUCAGAGAUGAUUGGGGUGACGAGUCCGAUAUUAGAAGUUACAACGAAGAUAGAGAGCGACAGCACGGUCGUGAUGAAUGGGACUCCGAGUCAGGGUUAGACGGCCCCAGUCGUCACGAUCGGGACAACUUCUCUGGGCGAGAUGCUUCAGAAAUCUACGAGAUACAUCCAGCCAGAGCUGAGAGGCGAAAGGAGGAAAAUGGAAUUGACGAGGGUUUUGACCGCAAGCGGUCGCCGUUUUAUGAUGAUUUCGAACGAUUUGAUGGGCGGAAGAACUCUCGUGAUAUGCUAGUCGGUCGUGUUCGUGAGAGUCCUCGAUCAGACGCGAUGUUUCCUCCAGACAACACUGAGUCGGCGAAGAGGACCGAGCGAGCGACGUUUAAAACUCACAUGCAACAAAAAGAGCGAGACAGGAAGAUGGAGGCCGAGAGAAGGCAUUCUGUGUCGACCCAUGUCACAGAUAAGACGGAACACAUUGAACGGGACGCGCCCGCGCCGCCAGUGCUGCUGCCCUCAGAGCGCGCGUUCGUGACGUACGCGCGCGUGCCGUGGAAGCUGCGCGUGCGCAAGGAACUGUUCACGCCGUUAGAGAACUACAACGACCCGGCUGUGUUAGACCUUUUGUACGCACAGAUAAUCCACGACAUAAACUCCACACUGCCAUCGCUUCGCAUCAGCGCGAGCGAGCGGCGAGCGGGCCAGGCUUGGCUUCGAUCCCAAGGCACUGCGCCCAUCCGAGCCCAGACUAAGCGCCAAGCUGUGGAGAUGGCUAGAAGCUGGCCUUUCUACUUCGCCAGGCUCUUCAGUGCGAGGGUCCCACCGGGAGAAAACGCUGUACUGGCUGUCUCCCAUAAUGCAGUUACGAUUGGAGUCAAAGGCCCGACCGGUCUCCAAACCCGCCGCUCGCUACCACUCAGCGGUCUCCGCGCCACAGCACCGGCGCCUGCAUCGUUACAGCUAGUGAGCGCGCGCGAGGCCCCGCUGACGUUGCACGUGCCGCUCGCUCAUCACGCGCACGCGCUCAUCGCAGAGUUCGCGCUUCAGCACGCCCAGAUUCAACCAAAACCGACGACAAAUGGUGUUGCAAAGGAAAGAAUACCCGAACGCGAAAGCAGAGAAUCGCGCGAAUCGCGAGAGACGCGCGACUCACGAGAAACGCGCGACUCACGAGAAAUACGCGAGAGCAGGGAAUCGCGCGAUUCCCGCGACGAGUCAGAAAUUAUCGAGAGGCGGCAAGCCUCAUCGCCGAUACCCCGCGAGAGAGACAGAGACCGGGAGAGGGAACGGGAUAGAGAGAGGGAAAGAGAGAUAAGAGAAGAGAGGAGAGACCAGUCGACACCACAGCAUGAUGGCAGACAUCCGUUGUUGCAGUUUGCCGUCGACCAUUUCCGACAGAGUCCAGAACUAGAAAUCCUAAAAGCCGAUUCCUCGCUAAAGAGCAAAGCGAAGCGCAACGAGUGGACAUGGAAGGCGCAGACCGACGUGGUCAAAUGGCAGGCGACGCCGCUGCGCGCGCCGUUACUGCGCCUGCCGCCUGCGCUCGCGCCGCCCGCGCUGGAAUGUUUCACGUGCGUGCGAGCGUACUGCGGAGACCUCACGCCGCCUGAGCGACCGAUGCACCAGGACUUGACUGAAGUGAAAUGCGUCUAUACUGUGCUGAUGCAUUGCCACUCUGUACCAGAGCUGCGCGACGAGGUGUACUGCCAGCUGAUGAAGCAAACCACCUCCAACCGCUCGGCCGCGCCCGACUCGUGCCAGCGUGCCUGGCGGCUCAUGUCCAUACUAGCGGCCUACUUCACGUGCUCGGACACGCUCAGGCCGUUCCUAGUGGAGUAUUUGUCAGCGGCAGCGGCAGACCGGCGGCGACCGUGCCAAGGCACAGCAGCCGUGUGUCUCGCCAACCUGCGCAAGACCCUGCGCUGUGGCGGCAGGAAGAACGUGCCCAGUGUAGAAGAGGUGACAGCGGUAUCAGCGGGACGGUCAGCGCGACGCCAGCUGUACAGACUGCCGGGCGGCGCCGAGCGAGUCGUCAACACGCGCUGCGCCACCGUCGUGCAGGACAUCGUCAACGAGCUGUGCGAGCUGAUCGGCGUAACCAGCGAAGCGGAGCGCGCGGAGUUCUCGCUAUACUGCAUAGUGGCCGGCGACGCGCUCACCAUGCCCCUCGCCGGCGACGAGUACGUGCUCGACGUCACCACCGAGUUACAGCGAGCGCACCACCCCUUCUACCUCAUCUUCUGCCGCUCAGUGUGGCACCAUCCGCUACGGACUGACGCGCCACCGCUGUACACAGAAGUUCUGUUCAAUCAGGUGGCCCCAGACUACUUAGAAGGCUUACUACUAGUACUACCCAACGGCGGUGCGCCGCCCGCGCCCGCAUUACGAGACGCUGCCCUAGUAGCAGCACUACUACACCGCGCCGCCGCGUUGCCCGACGCGCCUCACGCUCGUGACCUCAAGUUCCUGCUACCGAAGCCUCUGCUAGCGCUGCGGGAGCCUAGAGCGCACGCCUGGCACAACUGGGUUGCGGCUGAGUGGCCGCACGCUCGUGCGCUUUCGCCGGCCGCUGCUAAAGCUAAAGUGCUACAGGUCCUAUCCCGCUGGGCGCUAUUCGGGUCGUCGUUCUUCGCGGUGCGUCGCGUGGGCGGCGCGGGCGCGGCCGACUGGCGCGAGCACGUGCUGGCGCUCAACCGGCGCGGCGUGCACCUGCUGCACACGCACACGCACGAGACAGACACGCACUGGCCCUACGCAGAGCUCAUCUCCACCAGGAAGGUGCGGUCGGAGGACGGCACGCUAUUCCUGGACGUGAAGUGCGGCUCGCUGCUGCAGCAGCGCGUGACGCGGCUACAGGCGGAGCAGGCGCACGAGAUCGCGCGCCUCGUGCGCCAGUACGUGGCGCUGCAGCGCGACCAGCGCCACGACAGCGCCGGGUUCAGCUCCUAAGGUGACGCAGUCUUAGCUCAUAAGAUGUGCAGUGUAUAUUUCUGGAUCAGCUGUUUGCAGAGCGUUCGUGUACCUCAUCCAUAUCAACAGAUUCCGUCCGAUCGUUGGUCUCAAGCAAGCGCUACUCGACUACAAUAAAGAGCUUAUAUGACGUCAUGAUGCGAGACUGCCGCCCUUGUCUAAUCUGGGCCGAACGAAAGAGACAGUAGCUCUCAUGACUGUGUCGAGUAUAAACGGUAUAUUAUUGUAUUAGCAUGUAAACCAGAUUGAAAUGAGAAUAGGAUUUGCUAGGGCUCAAAUAAAUGCGUUCAUUCAAUGCAUGCAAUACAAAUAAAUCUUCUAUUUUCAUUUUAGUCAUCAUUAUUGUUUACUUUAUUCUACAUUAUGAAGGAUUAUGUUAUUUCAUUUAAUAGUUUAGGUUUAGCGUCAUUCUAAACAUUCCAAAACUGUAACCAUCGAACAUGAUAUUAUUUUUAUCAAUAUUUUAGUAAUUAUAUUUGGCAUAAUAUUAUCAAAAUUCAAUGCAAUUGUUAAUCAUCUAAGUACAUAUAUUUUUAUAUAACUUUUAUAAGAAUAAGAAUUCAUAAACCUGGAAUAUAUUAAUAGGUAUAAUCACCAUCAAAGUUGUAUGAAUCUCUGUUGUUUUAAACUGAUAUUAUUUCUACAGAUGCAAGUUUAAAUAAUUUGUUGUAUACAAAACAUAUUGAACUUUAAAAACAAAAUCGAAUGACAAAAUCUUACGAAUCUACUUUUAACAUAUUUUUAUAUCAUUUACCUAACAUAAAAUCUGCAUUAAAACAAAUAGUCGCAAUAAUUCCCAAAUCCAACACAACCGUUAGGUAACUUCAAUCAUUAAACAAGUUCUACUAAAGAUUAAUUGAUAAUGAACACGUUUAUAGGUACAGUACAUUAUUUUAGUGUUUAUUAUUGUAAUUAUGUAGAUGAGACGAUACAUUUUGUCGUGAAUGGAAUUCGUAUUAUGAUUAUUGAAUAGUAUUGUUAAUUUCUAUCGACAAAAUAUACAAGUCUUCGGUUACGACUUAAAAUAUAGUUUACUCCGUGCCUUAUCAAUGUGACUGUCUUCCUCGAGUUAAACAAAAGGUGCUAUUUAUAAUAAUUGAAGUCUAUUUCGUACUUAAGGGAAUUGUUUCGAUGCACGUUUAUUACCUUGUAUGAAAUUAUCCAAAGACCGGCAAGGUCGCAGUCAUGUUUAUUUUAAAGUUUGUCAUGUAAUAUAUUUAAAAAUAUUCGAUGUACGAGAAUUAUAUUGUAGAUACCAAUAAAAGUUUUAUUUUGAAA